GGUUUCCCCGCGGCCGCAGGCGCCGCCCGGAAUCCAAACUCAGGGGCUCGGUUUCCGCCCGGAGGGCUCUUCCCGGCGCUGCCGGAAGCGGCGCCGGUGCCGGGUAACGGGCCCGGGCGGCGGCGGCGGCGUCGUUAUGGACCUGGACGAGGCGAAAGAGUUCAAGGAACGCUGUACUCAGUGUGCCGCUGUCUCUUGGGGUCUUACAGAUGAAGGCAAAUAUUAUUGUACUUCUUGCCACAACGUUACAGAAAGAUCUAAGGAAGUUGUAAACACUGGGGCUAUUCCUAAUACUAAAAUACAAGCCAUCAACCGGGGACUUAAAAGAAAAAGAAAACUUGAGAAAGGUUGGGAUUGGUAUGUGUGCGAAGGUUUUCAGCACAUACUCUAUCAACAAGCAGAAGCCUUAAAGACCCUCGGAGUAGGCCCAGAGUUAAAGAAUGAAGUUUUACAUAAUUUUUGGAAGCGCUACCUUCAGAAGAGCAAGCAGGCUUAUUGUAAAAAUCCAGUUUAUACCAGUAAAAGGAAAGCUCCGGUAUUAGAAGAUAAUCCAAGUCAUUCAGACUGGGAUAGUGAACCUGAGCUGCUAAGUGACUUUAGCUGUCCUUCUUUUGUUGAAAGUGGAGCAGAGUCUCAGCCUGAUGUCCACACUCAAAAACCUUUCCCCAUCAUCAAAGCAUCACAAUCAGAAACGGCAUCCAUCUGUUCUGGAUCGGUUGAUGGAGUGGAGUAUUCACUACGAAAGGAGAAAGGAAUCGUGAAGAUGACUGUACCGAGAACAUUGGCUUUCUGCUGUCUGGCAUUGCUUUGGCAGAGAGAGACAAUUACUCUUUCAGAUCUUUUGAGAUUUGUUGAAGAGGACCAUAUUCCUUACAUAAAUGCUUUUCAGCAUUUUCCAGAAGAGAUGAAAUUAUAUGGACGUGACAAAGGAAUCUUUGCUAUAGAGUCUUGGCCUAACUAUGAGGAUAUCUAUAAAAAAAUGAUUGAAAUUGCCACAUUUUUAGAUUUGCCACGUUUUCCAGACAUAACUGAAGACUGCUAUCUUCAUCCAAACAUGUUGUGUCUGAAAUACUUGAUGGAAGUCAAUCUCCCUGACGAAAUGCACAAUUUAACCUGCCAAGUGGUAAAAAUGACUGGAAUAGGAGAAGUGGAUUUUCUGACCUUUGAUCCAAUAGCUAAAAUGGCAAAAACUGCUAAAUAUGAUGUACAAGCUGUAGCUGUCAUUGUAGUAGUAUUGAAGCUGCUGUUUUUAUUGGAUGACAAUUUAGAAUGGUCUUUGUCUAAUAUUGCUGAGAAAUAUAAUGAAAAGAACAAAGAAGAUAAGCCAUGGUUUGAUUUCAGAAAAUGGUACCAAGUUAUGAAGAAAUCUCUUGAUGAGAAAAAACAAAAAUGGGAGGAAACCAGGGCAAAGUACCUGUGGAAAAGUGAAAAACCACUCUACCACUCGUCUAUCGACAAAUCAGUGGUAUGUAAAAGAAGAGAAAUGGUGGUGAAUCUACAAAAACAGUUUAGCACACUGGUUGAUUCAACACCAACUAUUGGAAAAAAAAGCCCUUCAAGUUUUCAGUUCAACUGGACUGAAGAAGACCCUGAUAGAACUUGUUUCCAUGGACACAGCCUCCAGGGAGUCCUGACGAAGAAAGGCCAGUCACUGACUACCAAGAAUUCACUGUAUUGGCUCAGUACACAGAAAUUCUGUAGAAGCUAUUGUAAACAUGUGACGACUUAUGAAGAAUCAAAUUUUUCUCUGAGUUAUCAGUUUAUAAUAAAUCUCUUCUCCUUUCUGCUGAGAAUAAAGACCUCCUUUCUCCAUGAAGAAGUGAGCUUAAUUGAAAAGAGACUUUUUAAAACAAAAUAUAGUAAAACAAAAAAGAAAUCUUCAAGAUCCAGGAAAGUAAGAAAAUACUGAGAAAAAUGAAGUAGAAACUUUCUUGGGAAAAUAUUUUAAUAGUGACAGCAAUGUCAAAUUAUAAUAUAACAUUCCAGAGAAUUGUGGAAAAUAGGUUUUUAUUGUAUAUACAUGUAUACAUGCAACACACAUAUAUACACGUACACAUAUAUAUGUCCUCAAAUGUGCUUAUAAAAAUGUAUAUUGGAAAGCAAGUAAACUUUGUUUAAAUUUAUUUUUUAAAUUAUGAAUGUUCUUUGAGAUAAUUAAAACAAUAAGCUUUAUAAACGGUAUCCAGAAAUUUAUAUUCAUUGUUCCAAAGAAUUUAAGAAGACAGGACACUUUCUGACUCAUUCUUCAAGGCCAGCGUUACCCUGAUACAAAAACGAGACAAGGACAACACAGAAAGGAAAAUUACAGGCCAAUAUCACUGAUGAACAUAGAUGCAAAAAUCCGCAACAAAAUACUAGCAAAUUGAAUACAGAAAUACUUUAAAAGGAUCCUACACCAUGAUCAAGUGUGAUUUAUUCCAGGGAUGCAAGGAUGGGUUCAACAUCUGCAGAUCGAUCAGUGUGAUAGACCACGUUAAUGAAGUGAGGAAUAAAAAUCACGUGAUCCUCUCAAUAGAUGCACAGAAAACAUUUGCCAAGAUCCAACAUCCAUCUAUGAUAAAAACUCUCAUUGUAUUUUAAAGCUAAAUUUGCUUUUUAAACUCGAUCACUUCCUUACUCUUUAUGCCCAAAGUAAAUCCCAAAUAAAUCAAAGAUCUAAACAUAAUCUUUUAUAUAUAACAUAUAUUAAAGUAUUAGGAGAAAACAAGUGUGAUUGCUUUGAUGAUCUUAGAAUGGGAAAGGCUUUCUAAGCAUGCCUCAAAACCGGAAGCCAGAAGGAAAAGAUUAACAAUGUGACUACAAAGGGAAAUGGCAAACUGGGAAAAUAUACUUGCAGCAUGUGCUGGACAAAGGAAGCAUUUCUUUAAUGUAUCAAUAGCUCUUGGAAACACUAGAAAAAAGACAAGCUGAGCAAGGGAUAUGAAAAGAUAGCUUUAUGAAAAAAAGAAAUACAAAGGCCAAGGCAAAAGACAGGAGAGGAUACUCUCCCUAACUCUUAUUAAAGAAAUACAAACUAAAGAGAGAUGAUUUCCCACAUAUUAGAUUGGCAAAGAUUAUUAAGGUUUAUAAUACCUGGUGAAGAUACUGGAAAAUCAGGCAUUCUUACUCAGCUUCUUUAUGCAACGAAUACUUUCCGAGCAACUUACAUGUUGCAGGCCCUGGAGAAAGCACUGAACAAGGUCCCUGCCUUAAAGAUCUCCUGUUCUAAGGGUGGGGGCAGAUAGUAAACAAAUAUAUAUAUUUGGGGUAAUGAAGUACAAUGAAGAAAAAUCAAGAUAAGGGAUAAGUGAUAGGGUGGGCCAUUUUAUAAAGAGUGGUCAAGGAAGGAACCUCAGGGGAGGUGACAUUUGAGCAGAGACCAACAUGUAUGAAGUACAAUUGAGGGAGCAAGCCAUAUAGCUAUCCAGAGGAAGAUCAUUCGAGGCAGAGGAAACACGUGGAGGCUCUGUGGCAGGAGUGCUUGAUGGAUUCGAGGAAUAGCGAAUUGUCCAGAGCGGCUCCAGUGUUGUGGUUGAAGGGGAGAGUGGUAGCAGAUGAGAUGGAAGAGGUGGCCUUCAAGGCCAGGGUAAGGCUUUUAUCCCAAUGGUGUCACAGGACACCACAGGAAAAUUUUGAGCAAGAGAAUGAUGUGACCUGACACAUGUCAUAAAGGGGUCACGGACCGCCCUGUGGUGAACAGACUGCAGGGGAAAUGGGCACAGGUAGGGAGGCCACUUGAGAGACUAUCGCACUGGUUCAGGCGGGAGAUGGUGGUUUAGACUACAGAUUGUAGUGGAAGUGAAGUAAUGAGAUCUCAGAUACAGUUGUGAUCCCUGGAUCAGCAAUGACGUCACCAGGACACUUGUUAGAAAUACAAAAUCCCAGGCCCUGCUCCCGACCUGCCAUUUCAGAACUCGGUGUGGAGCCCAGAAAGCUGUGAUUCAAAAAGCCCUCCAGGAAUUCCGAUACUCGCUGAAGUGUGAGAACCCCUGAUUAUCGUAUAUCAAUAAAGGUUUAAAAGUAAA